UCUAAAGCUACACCCCGGACCAAACACAACAUCAGUGCGCGUCAAGGCGCGGCGCUGAAAGAGUUAAUCAGCUGUGGAAGAGAGCGCUGAGCUGCCAUGGAUCUAUCUUCAGAGAGAUGCUGCGGCUCCUCACAGCUGACUGGGAGCACAGGUAGUCUGUCCGAACUGGUUUCCAGCAUACUUGUUGAUCUCGGGGCGAAACAGUGGGGCAGGAAACCAGUGGGUUGGCAGUAGAUCGCACCGAGGACCUCUCUGCCAUGUCGGAGGCAGAGGAGGGGGAAAUGGAUUGGGUUAGACCCUGGCAAUCGAACCAAUAACGGCGCCUCCUGCUUUUAAACAUGCUUCUGCUUCAUCUCGGUUUGUGCCAGCGGACUGAUUGUUCACAGAGCGGUACGUGCUGGUGCAUUCAGUGCAGGAUGACAACACCUCACUAUGACACAAUAAUGAAAGAAAACAGGAUCAACUGUAGUCCAUACCCCUGGAUGUUUGCAGCUCUCACAACAUAAAGCCAUCAUGGAGAAAUCUUUGGCAGAGUUAAAUAAACCUGGGUCCCGGUCAACAUCAUCGCUGCCACCAGAACCAGUGGACAUCAUUCGCAGCAAGUCAUGUUUUCGCAGAGUCAGGCUGAAUGUUGGGGGUCUCCCACAUGAAGUCUUGUGGCGAACAUUAGAUAGGCUACCAAGAACACGUUUGGGAAAGUUAAGAGAUUGCAACACCCAUGAAUCCCUGAUGGAAGUGUGUGAUGACUACAACCUUGAGGAAAAUGAGUAUUUUUUUGAUCGACAUCCAGGGGCGUUCACAUCUAUUCUGAACUUCUAUCGCACAGGUAAGCUGCACAUGAUGGAAGAAAUGUGCGCCCUGUCGUUCAGUCAAGAACUCGACUACUGGGGUAUUGAUGAGAUUUACCUGGAGUCGUGUUGCCAGGCCAGGUAUCACCAGAAAAAGGAACAGAUGAAUGAGGAGCUCAAAAGAGAGGCUGACAACUUAAAAGACAGAGAAGGAGAAGAAUUUGACAACACUUGCUGUGCCGAAAAACGAAAGAAACUUUGGGACCUCUUGGAAAAGCCCAGCUCAUCUGUUGCAGCAAAGAUCCUGGCCAUCAUCUCCAUUCUCUUCAUUGUGCUAUCCACCAUUGCCUUGUCUUUGAACACACUUCCUGAGCUGCAGGACACAGACGAGUUUGGCCAGACCACAGACAACCCACAGCUGGCCCAUGUGGAAGCUGUGUGUAUUGCCUGGUUUACUAUGGAGUACCUGCUUCGCUUCCUCUCCUCCCCCAACAAGUGGAAGUUCUUUAAGGGCCCUCUGAAUGUCAUUGACCUGUUGGCCAUCCUGCCAUAUUAUGUAACCAUCUUUUUGACAGAAUCCAACAAGAGCGUGCUGCAAUUUCAGAACGUCCGCCGCGUGGUCCAGAUUUUUCGGAUCAUGCGUAUCCUGCGUAUUCUGAAGCUGGCCCGUCACUCCACAGGUCUUCAGUCUCUGGGUUUUACCUUGAGGAGGAGUUACAAUGAGUUGGGCUUGCUUAUCCUUUUUCUGGCCAUGGGUAUCAUGAUCUUUUCCAGUCUGGUGUUUUUUGCUGAGAAGGACGAGGAGGAUACAAAAUUUAAAAGCAUUCCAGCUUCUUUCUGGUGGGCUACUAUUACUAUGACCACAGUAGGCUAUGGAGAUAUUUACCCAAAAACUUUACUGGGAAAGAUUGUAGGGGGGUUAUGCUGCAUAGCUGGAGUAUUGGUGAUUGCCCUACCUAUUCCCAUUAUUGUAAAUAACUUCUCUGAAUUCUACAAGGAACAGAAGAGACAGGAAAAAGCACUUAAACGAAGAGAGGCCCUUGAGAGGGCAAAGAGAAAUGGUAGCAUUGUCUCAAUGAACUUGAAAGAGGCAUUUGCUCGAAGUGCAGAAUUGAUGGAUGUGGUGGUAGAAAAAAGUGACAGGCCUCAUGACAACCACCUCUCUCCAAGUCGUUGGAAAUGGAGCUCCAAGAGAGCUGCAUCAGAGACAAGUUCAAACCGUUCAUUCAUCACCCAGGAGAUAGGCUCUCCUAACAAGGCCCGAGCCACCAGUCCACAGAGGCUAAAUGUUCAAAAGCUAGAAGAGAUGUAUAACCAAAUGGCAAAGACACAGUCACAACCCAACCUCAAUGCUAAAGACAGAGGCUCCAGAGCUGGCAAACAGAGAAAUGAGAUAGAACUGGGGCCCAUCCAGGAUCACAGGCCACCAGGGUUAGGAACCAGAGAAGGAGUGGGGGACAUGAAAAGCUUGUCCAGCAUUGACAGCUACAUCAGUUGUGCUACAGACUUUCAGGAGAAUCCACGAUUCUCCCAUAGUCCAGCAGUAGACCAUGGUCUUCAGGAAAGCAGUCGGUUUUCCCAUAGUCUGGCUGCAGCUUUGACCCAGCAAGCCAGGGCAAGUACAGGCCAGCAAACCACUGGGGAGCAUGAGCCUGUGCUGACUCCUGUAUCGAUCACAAAGCCCUCGUGCUCAGAGAACACAAGGAAAUUUUUCUUUUCUGGCAACUCCUCAAAAAACCUUAUCCACACAAGAGACAGUGAAGGGGAGUCAGGCCCUUCCCCUCUCUCAGAUAGCUCAGUCCUGUCAGACCACUCUCUGUUAAGCCCUGAAGUUUCUGUCUACACCACCGCCAGCAGCAGGACCCCACCCAAGUCCCCGGAGAGCACUGCCCUGGCCCCAAGUGUGUUCACCUUUCAUGACUCCUCCAUCAGCAAAUACAUUGAUGCCGAUACGGAUGAUGAUGAGCACCUCCGCGACAUCUCAGACACAAGUCCCUCAGAGCGUCUGCUGAGUGGAUCAAGCCCAAAACGCAGCAUCAACAUCAAUUUCCAGAGGGGCACCAACCAUUUAGAAGCAGCCCAGAAACUACUGGGUCAGAACUGCUUGUUCCCCAUUGAAGGAAUUCGUGGGGUAGCUCAUGAGAAUCAUGUAGGGCCUGAGAUGGUGCGUAGACCAAAGGUUGAGAGAGGGCGUCAAAAUACUUUGGAUAAAAGCCUCUGAGACACAAAUGGAGCAGAAACAAGCUGGAAUCUGGGGCCAGGGUAUUUGUGAUAGAGACACCAAACAGACUAAAGCGCUCCAGAGACAAAAGAAGAGUGGGAGACAUGGAUCUCCCCGAAACAUUUCACAAAUGACCUGAGCAUUCCACUGGGCAGAAAGCUCUGUGUGAUCAUAUGUGGUGAAUACUCUGGGAGACAAACAUUUCUAAAUUGGAGAAUGUCACUGCCCCUCCUCCAGAUUGUUCCUUUUAGCAGUAUUCCACACUCACAAAACAAAGGAGAAUUCCCAGGCAGAGUUGUUGGAGAAGCCAAGUUUAGUGGUUGAAACUGGUGUAACAUGCCUGAAUGAAUGGAUUUUAGCGGCAGAGGUUUAUUUCUACAUUCUCUAGGGAAAAAAUCCCUGCUACCCACUGUUCCAUUGCAGUUCAUUUUAUAGUCUUGGAGAUACAGGACAGGACCUAGAAGCCUAUAAGCUACUCACUUAUGCUCUCCAUUCCCAAACCUGGCCUUAGUCAUUUACAUUUGUAGGGGUGUGCAUGGCUGCAUAUAUAUGUAUGUGUGUGUAUGUAUGUGAGAGAGUGUGAAUGUUUAUAGUAAUUCAUGUAUAAACACUCUUGAGAUUGUCUUAUCUGAUUUAUUUUUAUAUAGAUAAGAGAAUGUUCCUUAUAGAAUACGUGAUUUGCUAGUCUGCUGUGUCAUAAUCAUAUGUGAAGAGUAAUCCUGUAUAAGGCUCGAUGUCUCAGCACAGAGCCUGCAGUUAUCAGAGGAACAGGCCCAUUAGUGCUUUUUCCUGAACAGUAUUUUUCUGUCCACUAUCAUAGUGAGAAUAGACAAUAGGUUCACAUCGCUACCACUGAAUAUUGUCUUAGCUCCUCAGUAUUAUUUUCAAAGGAUGAUAGCAAUGGACCAAGAAUUUUUGCUAUUAUAAUAUGAAUUGCUGCAUAAGCUGCACAUUUAUGAAGCAUGCAUGUGCCCAGUCAGUUAACAUACAAAAACAUCAUGAGUUGCUUGUCCUUCAUAUAUUAAGAAAUAAUUAAAUUAUAAGAAACUCCUCUUUUUUAUGAUUACAGUUUACUGACAUGAGGUUUAGAUUUAAGUAACAGAUGUUUAGCAUGCAUUGGCCUUCCUUUGGCGUAACAUGAAAGCAGCCAAAGAGAUCAUACCAACAGCAGGGAAGUUAUCCAUCUCUACUUUAACCAUCAAAGUUAGCACUAAGAGCAAUGAAUAGACAAACCAAGUUGGCUUUCCCAUAAAUCAUUUGUAAUGCCAGAACUGAUAAAACCCACACAUGAGCACACACGCCCACCCACAGAAGAUACAUACAGGUAUCUAAGAAAAUUUUCCAGAUACAUAGAUACACUUAGUUUCCAUGGCGACUGCAACUGUCCACAAAGGCUGGCAGCAGCUCCACAAUGGUUUAUUAAUUGGGGUGGGGAGGAUUAAUGACAUGUAAUGUAUGAGCACACAUAAAGCAGAGCAGGCAUGCACCCAUAAAAUGAUGGGUAUGCACAAGAUGUUAGCAGAGCCAUUUCUCAGUGUGCAGAUUCACAAGUACUGUGUAAAUGGGACAUUAUGAUGCAAGCACCUUGCACAUAAUGUUUGUCUAAAAUAUUUGUAGCAUCCCAUAAAUAAUUAUAAUUCCACAUAAAAUAAAUUAGUUUUAGUUUCUUGGCUGUUAGGAGUCCAGAGUGGUUUCCUUGUUAUCUGUUUAUUUUGCCACACAGGAGAGAGGAACAGUCUUAUAUAACUGAAAAACAUAAAAACAUGAGCACAAUAAAAGCACAGUAAGACAAUUAAAGAUAUUUAUAGCACUCAUACUACCUUGAAUUUAACCUUCACACCCAUUAAGAUCAUGCUAACAUCAGCAGAGUUACAGUAAAACGGGCCAUUAAUUGCCUACAGCUAACCUUUCCCCCUACACUUUAAAAUGUGAAAGCACAAUAUUUUAAGUCCUUUAAAAAAAAUCUAGAGCAGAAUAUAUUUUCUUUUAUCACAACUCAGUUAUCAGAACCACACUGCCAACUACAUGAAUGCUCUGCAAAAAUGACCAAAAUAAAAGCUUUCUUUGUUCUUUCUGAGAAAUAUAAUGGUAAAAGAUGCUAUUAAAGAGGCCAUUGCAUUAUUCUAAAUGUGCAGUAGGUGUAUGUGUUGACUGAAAUUUGCUGAAAAUGUCAAUAGAAAGUGGUUGAAACAUAGUCUAAUCACAAACUCUGAUUUCAUUUCCUGUUUUAAACCCAGAGUUGAACCGUUUCAUGUUGCUCUUCCACAGCUGAGAAGUGAAAGAAAUAGCAAUGACUGUGAGAGACAGAAGGAAACUGUGUGAGUAUAUGUAUGUGUGAGUGACUGCAGCAAAGCCAGAGCAUUAUAGCAAUGUGGCUGCCACUUAAUAGAAAAUAAUGAACAGUUUCCAUUAUGAAUGUAAGCACAUCAGGAAAAUCCUGCUUUUAUUUUCUCUAUAUAAGAUCUGCUGUUCUGUCUGUAACAUGCAGAAGUAAGACAUUUUAAUUCCAAGAGAAUUUUAAUUACAUGAGAAAGAAGGAUUAGGUUGGCACAACUUUAAUUUUUGAAGUGCAGCUCCAUUUGCAGCUGAGAAGAAAGGGAUGGGAGGAGCAGUGUAUGAAGCUUAUGUAGCAUAUAUUAAAUAAUUAGGCAAUGAUGGAUGACAAUUCACUUUAUGAAGCAUCAGUGAAAAUUCUAAUUAUUGCCCUUUGUUCGAGAUAAACUAAAGAAAAAGCUACGUUCACAAGGAGAACAAGAAAAACAAUCACCCUCAAAAGGGUCGUUAAAUAUUAACUUAGGUUUUAUCUGUAAAAAGGAGUUUCAAACUGAAAUGAUUUAGUUUUAAAAUUAAAAAAAAAAUCUUAUUGCAUAACAACUGACUGCAAAUAUUUCAAGGUCUCAAAAAUCUAGAUGAAUGGCUGCUCACUUAGAAUAUGUUUACUUUCCUCAAUAAAUGUAUAAUUUGUCAUACCACUUUAUUAGGUGGCACUGGUUCAAUUCCACAGUGAAAACAUAAUAAAAAAUACAAGCUUGGUCCAGUACAUCUUAUUUUCUUUUGUUAAAAUGACAUCAAUCUCAAGUUCAUGUUAGUUCCUUUUCAUUGCACAUUUAUCUUUAGCUUGUGAGAAGUCAAGGCCAGUGUCCGCCAAAUAUAACUGUUUGUGCGAGAAGAUUUCAGAAUGUUUUCUCUGGUGGUGAAGAAACAAAUUUCAGCCAGACAUGCCCUGCUGAGUGCAUUGCAUGAUUAAAUAAAUGGAUAAUUAAGUUUCAUUUUUCAGCACUAGGCUAAAGGGCAUUCAGAUCACGGAAUCUGUCCCAUAAUUUAGAUUUCCUAUCUUAUGGUAGUCAGGGACCAUUUUCACUGAAGUAUCUCUCAACAAUGAUGACAAUCAAUGUUUCAUGAAUAGGCAGCAAGCACUGUUGUAGAGAACUGAGAUUUGUUAUGGGCAAAUAUUACACAAACCUCCACCCAUGUGCAUAUACACAUACAAGGUUGAAAAAACAUAGAAAAACAUCAUCUGGACUUGGUUUUAGGUAGAAAACCUACCUAAAACCAAGAAAACCUACCUAAA